GACACCGGUCCGCACGCAGGUGAUCCCGGCAGGACGCCCUCGCGGGCGCUGGCGGGCUGCGGCAUACGGGCCUCGGGUGGGGGGACCGGACCGCGCGAGCACGCUGGCGAACAGCGGAUAUCGCACGGCGGCUCCCCCCGGGAAUCUGGACGGAAACGCUGGCCAGCGGCCAAUGAUCCACAGACCCCAUCGGUGCCGGCGGCCAGAGGGCCCCCGGGCUUCGGUCGCCUUGGGCGAGGCCUCGCCCCCGAGGGGGGUCGACCGUCGCCCGCAGCGGGCGGUUGCCACCGCGGCCGGGGUGCGAUUCCAGGGAAUCUGACCACCACCGGGCGCGGAGAGGCAGCCUGCCGAGCAGGGAAGGAUGCAGAGGCUUCCGGCGAGCUGAGCUCGCCUUUCACCUUCCACAUAGUACCACCGGCCUCAGUUGGGUCCGGAGAUGGUGUGCAAACGUUCGAUGGUGCGGACGCGAUUCCCAGGGGGGCGGUUCUGUAUGGGGUGGUCCACUGGCCCGCGAACCCGCAGAACGGGGACUUGGCCGUUUUCGACCCCCCCGCCAACUGGCGGGCCCGAGCGGCGGCGCCCACCGCGGCCCCCGCCCAGGAUAUGUUCCGGGAGGGCGCCGCCAACUGGCUAACCCCCGCUGCUCAUGCCCACCUCGCCGCCGCCCAACGCCACUCCGGGGGAAGGCGCGACCCCCAGCUGCCCCCCCGGGGAAGGCGCGACCCGCCAACUGGCCUCCGGCGGAAGGUGCGACCCCCCCCCCAACUGGCCAAAGAAGGCCAACUGGCCAAGUAUUCUAUUUUGUAUAUAGUUUUGGCACCCCGACGGCCUGCCCCGCCGCCGGACUGGGACCUGCCGCCACUCGGCCGAUAG